GACAGAGAGGGGAGGGAAAAGAGAGUCCAGGGAGGUCUUUGAUUAUGCUGACUGCUUUACUACGGCACAGAUAGUUUAUCGAUUGGAAUUUUUAAGUUCCCAUCCCUGUUAUUUGAAACUAGCCUGUUUGUUAUCUGGAGUGUUUGUAUCUGUUGUAUCUUCCGUGGUGAAACUAAUUCAACAUAUCUGCUUUGAACAUUUCUUUGUUCACUGUUAUUAAUUCACUACUCCUGUUCUCUGGCAGUCCUACGUUCAGCCGAGCUGCUUACUUCCUAUUUAUACAUUCACAAAAACUCUUACUGCUUGUCUUGGUAUUUUUUCUCAAAGUCAUCAAUUCUCUCUCUGAUGGAAUGUAUAGUCUUUCACUGAUGGAUCUUAAAAUCUUCCCUACUUUUCAAUUUAACAUUACCCCUGACUUUUUUUAAACCCCAGAUUUUCAUGGAAUCCCUCUUUCCAUUUGGGACAAUUCCUGCUGAGUGUGAUGGACCAUAUACCUAAAUAUCUCCCUGUUUUCAUCCACAGUAUACAGUUGUUACUAAUUCUGGAUUUUCUGUGUAUCCUUCUGUUUCCUUUUCUACAUCUUCUCGAAACACUUGUUUUCCUCUAACAUCUUGCCACAUUUCCUUUUGAUUUAUUAAACAUCCUGGAUUGAGUUCUCACCCCUCCUAUUUAGGGUGUAUAAAGUUGUAAAUGUUUGGAAAAUAGUCUACCUCUUCUACCAAUGUGCAUAGCCAUACAUUUUCCUGCACUAUAUUCUAUAGAAACAUAGAAAGCCUACAGCACAACGCAGGCCCUUUGGCCCACAAAGCUGUGUCGAACAUGUCCUUACCUUAGAACUACCUAGGCUUACCCAUAGCCCUCUAUUUUUCUAAGCUCCAUGUAGCCAUCCAGGAGUCUCUUAAAAGACCCUAUCGUAUCCACCUCCACCACCACUGCCGCCGGCAGCCCAUUCCAUGCACUCACCACUCUCUGCAUAAAAAACUUAUCCCUGACAUCUCCUCAGUAUCUGCUUCCAAGCACCUUAAAACUAUACCCUCUCGUGCUAGCCAUUUCAGCCUUGGGGAAAAAAGCCUCUGACUAUCCACAUGAUCAAUGCUUCUCAUUAUCUUGUGCACCUCUAUCAGGUCCCCUCUCAUCCUCCGUCACUGCAAGGAGAAAAGGCUGAGUUCAAUCAACCUAUUCUCAUAGAGCAUGCUCCCCAAUCCAGGCAACAUCCUUGUAAGUCUCCUCUGCGCCCUUUCUAUGGUUUCCAUGUCCAUAUCUGUCACUUCUUUUUCCAUCUCUUCAUCUGUCCAAGUCAAUCUGCAGACUCCUCCUUCCUCAACACUACCUGCCCCACCACCUAUCUUCGUGUCGUCUGCAAACUUGGCCAGAAAGCCAUCAGUUCGGUCACCCAAAUCAUACCGACCUCUGUGGAACAUCACUAGUCACAGGCAGCCCACCAGAAAAGGCUCCCUGUGUUCCCACUCUUUGCCUUCUGCCAGUCAGCCACUCUUCUAUCCAUGUUAGCAUCUCUCCUAUAAUAUCAUGGGCUCCUGUUUACUAGCCUCAUGUGUGGUUCCUUGUCUUCUUAAAAUCCAAGUAAGCAGCAUCCACUGACAAGAAACUCUGCAGAUCCUGGGACCAAUUGUUACAUGACUUUAAUGGGUAGGUUAAUAAGUUUGCCUUUGACACAAAGAUUGGAAAUGCAGACAGUGAAGAAGGUUGUUGAAGGAUACGGCGGGACAUGGAUCAGUUGCAGAUAUGAGUGGCGAAAUGGCAGAUGCAGUUUCAUCCAUGAGGUGCGAGGUGUUGCUCUUUGGGAGGUCAAAUACAAGGGGAAGGUGCACUUGAUCCCAGCUGAGAUGGAAGGAGCCAUGGAUACCUGCUACUACAACCAGACCAUCCCCUUCUUCUACAGAUCAGCCAACAAAAACUUGACUGACAAGUGGCGGACGAAGGACGUGCUGGUGGUUACCCUGGGCCUCUUGGUGUGUCUGAUAGUCAUACUGGCCAACACGCUGGUCAUCGCAGCCAUAGCCCUGAACCGCCGCUUCCACCAGCCCAUCUUCUACCUGCUGGCCAACCUGGCUGCUACGGACUUCUUCUCUGGUGUGGCCUACACGUACCUCAUGUUUCACACGGGCCCGCGCACCGCGGAGCUGACGGUGCAGACCUGGUUCCUGCGGCAGGGGCUGAUCGACACCAGCCUGACGGCCUCUGUCGCCAACCUGCUGGCCGUCGCUGUGGAGCGCCACCAGACCGUCUUCCAGAUGCAGCUGCACAGCAACAUGAGCAACCAGCGUGUGACCUUCCUCAUUGUCUGCAUUUGGGUCACCGCCAUCGUUAUGGGGCUCAUCCCCCAGAUGGGCUGGAACUGCGUGUGCAGCCUGGACACCUGCUCGCGGAUGGCUCCUCUCUACAGCCGCAGCUACCUGGUUUUCUGGGCCAUCUCCAACCUGGUGAUCUUCUGUGUCAUGCUGCUGGUGUACAUGCGAAUAUUCUGUUACGUCCAGCACAAAGUGCAGAGGAUGUCCCAGCACACGUUUCACUCCAGGCACAAGGAGACCAUGAUGAACCUCAUGAAGACUGUAGUCAUCAUUCUGAGUGCGUUUGUCAUCUGCUGGACGCCAGGGCUGGUGGUCUUGCUGUUGGACGGGGUGGACUGCAAGAAGUGCAACGUGCUGAUGGUGGAGAAGUAUUUCCUGCUGCUGGCGGAGCUCAACUCCCUGUUCAACCCGCUCCUCUACUCGUUCCGGGACAACGAGAUGCGGCAGACCUUCAAACACAUCCUGUGCCUCCCCUGGCGCAGGGACACCAGCUUCACCACCACCAGCAACCGGGCACAUAUCCUGAUGCAGAAAGUGCCCUCGCCAAACAUGAACACUGACUCACAGGGCGGUAACUCCAUUGUGUAGGCUGUACUGUCACAGUGGGAGGGCAGAGGUCAUUAAAGGUCAGGGGAAGGGGUUCAGGGGCUCAGAGACUGGUUACUGCUGAUACGAGGUAACGUCCUGCUGCCCUUGACUGAGGUGACACAAGUGGGUGGAAUGGCUCUCCCUGUCUCACCAGCAAAGAGGGGCCUGUCUGGAGAGUUCCCCACUGUCACCUGUGUCGUUUAUUCCACUACCGCUGACCCCUCGACCCCUCCUGAGCACCAGUUGUACGUCCGCAGUCCAUUACUAUGGAGACAUGCCCUGGAAGUCCCGUGGCUGGACCUCUCGCUCCCUUCAGGGAGUGCCCUUUGACCAGGCACCUGCCCUUCUUUGUGGCCCCAUACACUGUGGAUCAGUCACCUGAGGCCAGUGAUCGUGAGAUCUUACAAAUAUCAUCAACCCUUCCCCAUCCCUAAUUCCCUCUAUUUCUCUCCUCCUGACCCUUCCGCCCUUUCCCUUCCCCCCUCCCCUUCCCCCCUCCCCUUCCCCUUCCCCCUCCCCUUCCCCCUCUCCCUUCCCCUUCACCCCUCCCCUCCCCAUCCCCCUCCCCUUCCCCCCUCCCCCUCCCUUACCCCCCUCUCCCCUCCCCCUCCCCUUCCCCCUCCCCUUCCCCC